GAAUCCCGCGCAAGCCGGAAGUUCCGCCGCGUGAGAUUGGCGUCAGGGAACAAAGUUCCGGUACAGAAGGUCGGCCGCCGGAAGUGGACAAGGGUAUUGACUCAGUCUGUUUGAUCAGCAAGAUGUUUGCGGCGGUGAUGCUGAGGAGAGCCCCGGUGCGGUGUCUCUUGAGUUCCUUAGCUGUGCGUCGGGGACAAGUUACAGAUGCCACAGGGACAUACGACUCAGAAAUCCAGCUGCCUCCUUGGGAGGAACGUCGUAAUGAGACUCAGCAAAUCAAGAGAGCAAGAUUGGUGUAUGAGAGCCGGAAGAGGGGCAUGCUAGAAAACUGCAUACUGCUCAGCCUAUUUGCCAAGAAAUAUCUCAGCUCCAUGACGGACACACAACUGUCACAAUAUGAUCGUCUGAUUAAUAUGCCAAGCAAUGACUGGGACAUAUAUUACUGGGCCACAGGAGCCCAGGACCCACCUGAAGAGUUUAAUAAUGAAGUCAUGGAUUUGUUGAAAGAAUUUGCCAAGAACAAGGACAUGGAACAGCGUCUACGGCAGCCUGACCUGGAGUACCUCUUUAAAGAUGCUCAGUAACCAAUAUGGGGCAUACAAUGUAUACAUUGAGUUGUACGUGAUUGUCUGUGGCAUAUAAUAAACUAUAUCAGCUCAAAACGGGAUCAAUUACAA